UCUUCUUCUUUGCAAUGGAGAGAUCUGCAUUCAAGCCAGCUUUCUUGCUCAUACUCUUGGUCAUCGCUGCAUCAUUGGAUGAUUCGUGGAUGAUGGGAGUUGAAGGAAGAAGGGUGGUAACUAUUUCUUGCAAAAAAGACGCAGACUGCGAGUUCAAGUGUGGUUGCCCAGAAGCAGGAUGCAGAUGUGAUGGAGGCUUAUGUUUAUGCCCGGGAGAGACAGUCCCUCCCUCUGCUGAAACCAUCAUGGGAAAAUUACAAUAAAUUAAUUAAUCAGUCAAAGAUUAAGAUCCAAUAUUACAAAAAGCAAGUGUAUGCAUUGCUAGGUAUGUGGAUUGGGUUAUUAAUAAAGUUUGAGUUUGGAUGA